CAGCACAGGCGGAGUGUGUGUGCAUGCGUUUGUGCAUGUACGUGUGUGUUUUUGUAGCAGCGGCAGGAGCGCGUUGACUUCACACACAAACACACACUUUUCCGGGCCUGUCCUGAUGGUGUCUGUCCUGUCUUGUGCUCCAGAUGAGCUGCUGGAUGUAACCUGGCUCCAUGAGUGCUAUGAAUGACUCCCUGGAUGAGACGCGCAGCCUCGGGGAGAAAGCGGCCAUAUUUCGGGGAGCGAAAGGCAGUGGGAACGUCGUCGGGUCGGCCUUCAUCCCAUUGCGCUCGCCCUUGCAGCGACCCAAUGCUGCGGUCUCCACACACUUCAAGGGAAAUAGAAAAAGUAGAGCGGUGGACGAAACACAAAUGGGACACAUCCCAAAUCCCUUCCCAGAGUUGCUGCCGUCCGCUGUCUCUCUAGUGUCUGAGUGUCUGUUACCCUGGACCAAAAACCGUGCGACUCAGGUAAUCAAAGUGUACAGUGAAGACAACACCAGCCGUGCAGUGGAGGUGCCCAGUGACAUCACUGCCCGGGACAUAUGCCAGCUGUUCAUCCUGAAGAACCACUGCAUUGAUGACCACAGCUGGACCCUGUUUGAGCAGAUCCCACAUCUGAGUAUUGAGCGAACCAUAGAAGACCAUGAGUCAGUAAUGGAGGUUCAGUCAGGCUGGGGAAUGGACUCACACUGCUGUCUGUACUUCAGGAAGAAUUAUGCCAAAUACGAGUUCUUCAAGAAGCCUCUUGACUUUUUCCCAGAGCACAUGGUGUCUAUAUCCAGUGAAACCAAUGGAAUCAUGAGCCACUCACAACUUAUACAGACCUUUCUCAGCUCCAGCUCUUGUCCUGAGAUUCACGGGUUCCUUCACGCCAAAGAGCAUGGCAGGAAGUCGUGGAAGAAGUUCUACUUUGUGUUAAGAAGAUCAGGACUCUACUUCUCCAACAAGGGCACAUCAAAGGAACCCAGACACUUGCAGCUCAUUGCAGAGUUCAGUGACAGUGACGUCUACACGUUAUUAUCUGCCAAAAAAGUUUACGGCGCCCCGACAGACUACGGCUUCUGUGUGAAGGCAAGCAAGUUGAAUUCUGCACGUGAUCUGAAACUGCUCUGUGCGGAUGAUGAGCAAACCAGGACGUGUUGGGUUACAGCCAUGCGCCUCUUCAAGUACGGCAUGCAGCUUUACCAGAACUUCGUCCAGCCCCAUCAGAAGCAGAAGAGUUCUCCAAUGAGGAGCAUCUCGGAGAACUCACUGGUGGCCAUGGACUUCUCAGGACACAAGAGUCGGGUGAUCGAGAACCCGUCCGAGGCGCUGUCAGUGGCUGUGGAGGAGGGUCUGUCGUGGAGGAGGAAAAGCUGCCACAGGCUGAGCUCUCAUGGUAGUCCGUCCACCUCUCAGAGCUCCAUGUCCAGCAUAGCUAUCCAUGUGGCUCAGCUGUGGUUUCACAGCAAACUGUCCCGUGACGAGGCUCAGAAACUAAUCACUCAGCAGGGCCUCAUCGAUGGGGUGUUUCUGGUAAGGGACAGUCAAAGUAACCCGAGGACAUUUGUUCUGUCACUGUGCCAUACUCAGAAAAUCAAACACUUUCAGAUUGUACCGGUUGAAGAGAACGGCGAGCUCUUCUACAGUCUGGACGACGGACACACGCGUUUCACUGACCUGCUGCAACUAGUGGAGUUUUACCAGCUGAACAGAGGCGUUCUGCCCUGCAAGCUCAAACAUCACUGUGCCCGCAUCACCCUCUGAACCGCAGCUUGUGCCUUGGACGGGAAACCCUUUCACUCUCCACUCCCUGAUGAGCAUUAGGCUCUGAACUCUGAACUCUGAGACUGUGAUAAGGACGAGCAUCACUAAACAGACUGGACUUCUGAGGACCCUGAUAUUCAGCGAGGGAUGAUCUGUGGUCUGUGGUGCGCAAAUGUAGAUGGGAAUGUAUAACGUACUCUGUCCUGAUACAAACACUCUCAGUGUGGAUGAGACCAUCUUAUUAAGCUAUCAAUCAAAGCUAAGGUUUAACAGCAGACCAGCUGGGUCUCUGUAUGGUGUGAGCAAACUACAGCCGGGUGCACAUGCUACGAUUUUUCAUUUUGCCAUCUAAGACUAAUCUUGGGUCAAAGACUUCUUUCAGCUCAAAUAGGGUG